UCAAAUUAUAACAAUUAAAUUAAAACUUCACCUAUGAGCGACACGUCAUCAGAAAUCACUAAAGUGACUUCUCUUUUAAUAUAUAGGGGGAUAGCUAUUAUUACAAACAGAGUAAAUGAUAAUGUAAAAGUGACCCUUAUGAUACUAGAUCAUGUACAAAGUUAUGUUAAAUAUGUAAUCACAAAUUAUAAAACAAAUUAAUACAUACAUAUUGUAUGUAUAACUGUAAAUAAGAGUCUCUUGCAUUGUUCUUUUAAGUUGGAUUUUUUUAAUUGGAGUAUAUUAGAAUUUUAUUACCAAUUUUAAUUUUGACUUACAUGUCAUUUACUUGCUGAUCUAAUAAUAUUAGUACUUGUCUAAUUAUAUAUACGCAUGUGAUUGUGUAUGUAUAUACCAUUCUACUUGGUUUAACUAUUAGAAAUAGAGUUAUUCUUGGGUUCAUCCUCUAUGGUGAACUUUUAGGUUCACCAACCAAUAGGAUUUCAUUAUUUCAAAUUUGAUAUUUUUUAAAAAGGAAACAGAAUAUUGUUCAGUUAUAUUUAUUUUUAAAGUUAAAAAAAACUUAGAAGUUACAGAAAAAAUAAUUUUAAAAAAAAUAUUUUUAACGUCGUCAGCAAGAUACUAAACCCUAGAGUUUAGGAUUUAAGGUUUAGUGUUUUGUUGACGACGUUAAAAUAUAUUUUUUUGUAAUUACUACUAUUUAUUUCUUUUUAUCUAUUAAUUUUAAAAACAUAAUAUAAUUUGACAAUAUUUUGUUUCUUCUUUUAAAAAGUAUCGAAUAUGAAAUAACACAAUUCUAUUGGUUGGUGAACCGAGAGGUUCACCCCAAGAAUAAGUCUUAGAAAUAUGUUCAGACUUUUUCAUAUAGUCAACAUUUAUGGGGCAAAUAUAACCUUUCCUAUCCUGCAGAUUCUCUAGACCAAGCAAUAUACACAUAAUAAAAUGAGAAAGUAUCUUUGGAUUGAAAUCUUCUUUAUUUAGAAAGAUUUUAUAGCUAUUUUACCUUAAACCUUUAUAUGUAGUUUUCUUUUAAAACCUUUCUAUAAUUUGUUGUAACUCUCUGUGGACUUGACCGACCCAUAAUAUCAAAGUUAGAAACUCUAUAUAACAAUAUACCCAUCUGGUCCCUAAAACACACACAAACCUUCUCCUCCUCCUCAUUUUUUCAUCACCAUGGGAAGAAGAAAAGUUACACACCAAUUGAUUUCUGACAAGUCGACUCGCCGAGUCACGUUCAGAAAACGCAAAGAAGGCAUCCUGAAGAAGAUCAAUGAACUAACCAUUCUUUGCGGUCUACGCGCUUGCGCCAUCAUCUACAGCGAUUACAAGGAGGGCCCUGAGGUUUGGCCAAACCGUAGAGAGGUACGUGUUCUUCUAAACAGGUUUAGCGCACUCCCCAAGGACAAGCAGACCAAAUACAUGAUGGAUCAGAAGGAUCUCAUGACCAGGAUGAUCCAAGACGCAAAGAAGAAGUUGGAGAAAGAGAAGAUGCAUAGCCGUGCGAUGGAACUUGGGACGAUUGCUGCGUUUAAUGAUUUACAUGAUGCUGAUCAUUCGGAGGAUCUGAUCAAAGCAGCCGAUGUGGUUGAGAAGAGGAUCAAUGUGAUCAGAGAGAGGAUCAAGGCUUUGGAAUCAAGAGUAGCCUUGGUCAAGAGAGACUAGGCUUUCAAAAGUUUCUUAUCUUUUCAUGGAUUUUUAAUAGUUUACAAAUAAAGAAAGAUGCUUAAGAUAAAAUUAUGUUGUAUGAUUUUGUUUUAAAAGUCUUAAGAGAAUAAUAUGGUUCAUAUGAAUAACUUUGGUCUUCUUGGUAUUUCAAUCGGACUAUAGAUUGAAUGGACAACAUGAUCUAUUCGGGUUUAUGACCAAGUUUGGUAUUAUA